AUGAUAAAAAACAACAGAACCUCUAUUUUGGACGGUUCCGUGUGGCAGUUAAAUUCGAGGAAAGGUAGACUAGUCGGGACCGAUCAGCACGGGAACGAAUAUUACGAGAAUACGAAAUAUCAACAAGGACGAUCGAGGUGGGUGAAAUACAAAGAUUUGGACGAUUAUAAUCCAGCGAACGUGCCGAGAGAGUGGCAUCAGUGGUUACAUUACAUCUCCGAUGAACCUGAUUUGACGCAGGAAAUCAAGUACGAGAUACCGGCUAUUCACGUGAAACUUUCGAAACAGUUCGGCGCGGUGGCAUCCAACGAACCUCGAUACUACCCGAAAGGUCACUUCUUCAACAAAAAAGGGAUCAAGGAUUGGAAGAAAUACGGUGCCUGGAGUCCUCCGUAA